AUGAUAUAUUCAUACCAAGUUUUUCAUUAUGAACCAAUAUCAUAUACUUUGCUACCCAUUUGGCUUCUGAUUUUGAUUACUCACAUUGCAUUUGGAUUUAUUUCAUUGCUUGAGCUUGGGUCUAUCCUAUGGCCAUUAAUUGUCUCGAUUUAUGUUUCAUUUGCAUACACAGUAAUUGGAGGUGUUGUGGUAUCAUCUUUCGCAAAUAGCACUUUCAAUAUAGUAAUGGGAAUAGUAGUAAUACUAGUUCAUGAGAUUAUCUAUUGCUUCAUUAAUUUUAGAAUAAGAUUGCAAUCUCAAAAACUUAUUAAAAGAUAGAAAUUAUUGGAUUCACUCAAUAGACUAAGUUCAGUUGUAAUAUUCAAAGAUAUCUCUCCUUCACAAAGUGAUUAAUUUGCAAGUGGUAGAUAUUUGAAUUCAUCAUUGAAUGAAGAUGAUGUCAUCAAAUUAAGCGAAAAUUUGACUAUUAAUGUGAUUAGAUAAUACAAAAUCAAAAGACUACAAAGAUUGUAUAAUAAGAGAGACUGUGACAGUAUCUACAAUUAAGGCUAGUCUGUCAAGAAUUCAGUGGAAGAGAGAUCGGAGCAUUUCGAGGACAUAGAAGAAAAAUUAAUGACUCAUCAAAAUUAGGAUUAUUUGCUGUCUGAGAAACUAAUAUCCAAUGCUAGGCCAUUUACAAGUACCAUGAAAAGAAUGAACCAUAGCUCAUGGACAACUGAGCAAUAAUCAAAGCAUCAAAAUGGGAAGACAACGACUGUAAAUGGCUACAGCAUAAGAACUGAUUCAGAACUUGAUGAUAAAAUACUCACUGAUGAAAUUGUUAUUGAAAACAACUAAAGUCCUGAUUUCAAAUUCUUUAUGUUCAACUAGAAUUUUAAUCAAGAACAAGGGUAAGUUUGA